UGCCCGCACCGAGCUGCCUUUUGCCGGGAAGACGCGGUCUUGGCGCACCGUGCUGAGUCCUGCAGCCAGCCCAGCUCAGAAAGUUCAAGAAAGAAUCUAUUCCCAUAUCUGGUCACCCAGCUCUGUGAAGCUAUGUCCCAUCAUGCGUCCUUCUGGUGAUGUCACAGGAAGCAACGGAGUCAGCGUUAGCCUGUCGCCAGCCUGCAGGAGGUCGUGAAUCCACCUGGGGUUUUGAUGGGGCAUCCUUUCCUGUGGGCCGCACUGCGUUCUGGAUGGACGGCCGCUGGCAACCCAUCGGCAUAGCCAGCUCUUCUUCGAUACUUAAAGAUUGACCCUGGCCUUGAGUAAUGAGAAUUUCGAAACAAUAUCUGAGAGGUACUUCCAUCCAGUGCUACUUGUGUUUACUUCUCAACAGUCACUUCCUAACUGAGGCUGGCAUCCAUGUCUUCAUAUUCAGCUGUGUGAGUGCUGGGCUUCCCAAAACAGAGGCCAACUGGGACUUUGUAAGGCAUGAUUUGAAACAAAUUGAAAAUCUCAUUCAAUCUAUACACAUGGAUGCUACUUUAUAUACUGAAAGCAAUGUUCGUCCUGAUUGUAAAAUCACAGCAAUGAAGUGCUUUCUCUUGGAGUUGCGUGUGAUUUCACAGGAGUCCAAAAAUAACAGCAUUAAAGAACUCGUGGAUAACCUUAUCAUCCUGGCAAACAACAGCUUAUCUUCUGAUUGGAAUAUAACAGAAUCUGGAUGCAAAGAAUGCGAGGAACUGGAGGAGAAAAAUAUUAAAGACUUUUUGGAGAGCUUUUUACAUAUUGUGCAGCUGUUCUUCAACUUAUCCUGAUUGCCACUGACCCUCUGCAGUGUUUCUUUUAUUAAUAGACAUCUUCCCGCUGCUUGGAGGCAACCCCCCAACACUGCAUUUCAUAUGUGCUGCCCACACACGUUUGUCCAGCAAGAAGAAGGCCAUCUUGGAUCAGGUGAACUCUUAGAAAUGAAGGCUGAAAAAUGUUGUCGAAGAGUUUGAUGUCUAUGAACUGUCUACAGAGUUAUUUGUUUCUAAUUUAUUAUUGAAAUUGUACAUAUUUGUAUACUAUUAAAUGUUAAAUAAAAUG